AAAAAGAGAGAGACAGAAAAAAGAAAAUAAAUAAAAAAGAAAGAAAUUUGGCAUUUUGCCGAGAUGUAACUUUUCCUUCCAAUAUCCGCUCAACAAUUUGCUUCUCAGAUCCGAGCGGAGAACAGGAUGGGAAAGGAAAACAGCGACUGGGCUGCAAGCCUCUGAUAGGGAUUUUUUUCAGUAAGCUAUUCUGGAUUUAUAUUUUUGAAUAAGUGACAGCAUCAUCUCCAGACGGCUUCACUCACACCACAAUGGAGAAGACAAAGUUUGCCAUCUUCCUUUUGGUCAUCUUUCUUUGUCUAGAGGGAGGAUCAGCCAAAGACAAAGGAGCCAAGAAGGGAAAAAAGAAAGGAAAGCAGGUUUAUUGUCCAUCAGAGCUGUCAUCUGAGGAUCUGGCUCGAGUCCCAGCAAAUACAACCAGUAACAUCUUGAACAGGUUACUGGUCAGCUACGAUCCCAGAAUAAGGCCCAACUUCAAAGGAAUUCCCGUGGAGGACAGAGUGAACAUUUUCAUCAACAGCUUUGGCUCGAUUCAGGAAACAACCAUGGAUUACAGGGUGAAUAUCUUCCUGCGGCAGCGCUGGAAUGACCCCAGGCUCAAAUUACCACAAGACUUCAAGUCAGAUUCUCUCACUGUUGAUCCCAAGAUGUUCAAAUGUCUCUGGAAGCCUGAUCUAUUCUUCGCUAAUGAGAAGAGUGCAAACUUUCAUGAUGUAACUCAAGAGAAUAUCCUCCUCUUCAUCUUCCGUAACGGAGAUGUCCUCAUCAGUAUGAGGUUGUCUGUUACCCUAUCUUGCCCAUUGGAUCUGACCCUGUUUCCAAUGGAUACGCAGAGAUGUAAAAUGCAACUUGAGAGCUUCGGCUACACAACAGAUGACCUGCAGUUCAUGUGGCAGACAGGGGACCCGGUCCAAAUGGACGCUAUUGCUCUCCCACAGUUUGACAUCAGACAAGAAGACAUUGAUUAUGGGAACUGCACCAAAUUCUAUGAAGGAACAGGGUAUUACACUUGUGUAGAGGUUAUCUUCACCCUACGGAGACAAGUGGGUUUCUACAUGAUGGGUGUUUAUGCCCCGACGCUGCUUAUAGUGGUUCUUUCCUGGCUGUCUUUCUGGAUCAACCCUGAUGCGAGUGCUGCCAGGGUUCCCUUAGGUAUCCUCUCUGUGCUCUCCCUGUCUUCUGAGUGCACCUCCUUAGCUUCAGAGCUGCCAAAAGUGUCCUACGUCAAGGCCAUUGACAUUUGGCUCAUUGCUUGCCUGCUGUUUGGCUUUGCCUCACUGGUGGAGUAUGCUGUGGUUCAAGUGAUGCUCAACAGUCCAAAGCACAUCGAGGCAGAGAAGGCCAGGAUAGCUUCCAAGGAGAAGGCUGCAGGAAAGAGUCCAGGUGUCAGGAACAACACCAUCAACGGGACUGGAGGGACACCUCUUCAUGUCAGCACCUUACACGUGGGUGAGACCCGCUGCAAAAAGGUGUGCACAUCCAAAUCUGACCUGAGGACCAACGAUUUCAGCAUUGUGGGCUCACUCCCGCGGGACUUUGAGCUGUCAAACUUUGACUGCUACGGGAAACCAAUUGACACCGGCUCUGCUCUUGGUAAAUCUCAGGCGAAGAACAAGAAACCGCCUCCUCCGAAGCCAGUGAUCCCAUCCGCUGCCAAAAGAAUUGACUUGUACGCCAGAGCACUGUUCCCUUUCUCCUUCCUCUUCUUUAACGUGAUUUACUGGUCCAUAUACUUGUGAUUACCCAAUACUAUUUUCCCAGUGCUGUAGUUUUAUUAGUUUUUUAUUGAUUGAACUAUAAAAAAAACCUACGUUUGAAAGUGAGCAUUCAGAGAAGUGAACGUUGCCCGUAAAUAAUUACAUCAGUAAAGAAAGUUAAAUAACUAUUUAUACAUUAAUUCCCACUUAAGCUAUUUCUGCAAAAUAUCUAAGAAAUAUAUAGUUUUAUUUUAUCUAGUGUAGGGGAAGCAGAACCUUAUUAUGAAUUACCUCAU